GGAUGUCAGUCAUCAUACAGCGCCAGUGUCUGUGUUGCGCAGAUUCUGUAACGCUAGCUGUUUUUUUGUGAUUGUACAGGAUUUGUGUUCUUUUCUUCGUUGAGUUUGACUUCGAAAUAAGAUCCAACCAUGGCUAUGCAAGCAGCGAAACGUGCGAAUAUUCGGUUACCCCCAGAAGUAAACAGAAUAUUGUACAUUCGUAAUCUACCAUACAAGAUCACAGCUGAGGAAAUGUACGACAUUUUUGGAAAAUAUGGACCUAUCCGUCAAAUCCGAGUGGGGAAUACACCAGAGUCACGAGGAACGGCCUAUGUUGUGUAUGAGGACAUCUUUGAUGCGAAGAAUGCUUGUGACCACUUGUCUGGAUUUAACGUCUGCAACAGAUACCUGGUAGUAUUGUACUACAACGCAAACAGGGCCUUCCAGAAAAUGGACACAAAGAAGAAAGAGGAACAGCUAAAACUUCUCAAGGAGAAAUAUGGAAUAAACACAGACCCACCAAAGUAGACAACCAUAUUGACCAGUGCACCCUUUUAUGACUACCUUUUUGGCUACUCAUUCAUUUUGUACCGAUUAUGUGAUUUUAGGUUUGAAUUACGCAUAUAAGAUUGCAUCGGAUUUUGUAUAUAACAAAGUGUUUUUCGUUGGUACAGAGGUUUAAAAAUGUUGAAAAUUACACAAUUGUUAGGCUACUGUCAAUGAUUUUCUGUAUGCUUAUUUUCUCAAUUAAAAAGAACAUGUCUUUCCCA